AUGAGCGAACCGAAGGCCGCAGGGUCGGCGGAGGCAGCCAAGGGGGCCGAGGAGGAGGCGGGACGUGGGGGAACCAGUUUCGAGUUCUCCUUCGUGCCUGGGCUACGCCGUCGGCUUCGGCAACGUGUGGCGGUUCCCUUACCUCUGCUACAAGAAGGGGGGCGGAAUCUGAGGUGUCGUAGACGGAUCAUUUUAGAAGCUCCCUGUCCGACUUUUUUGAGGAUCUCCUCAUUGCAUGUGAAAUUUCACAUGCAUAAUGUACACAUCUCUUAUUGGUCAUGUGUUGAUUUCCUGUCCUUAACUCAUAACUUGUUUUCUGUUAUAGUGCUGCAGAAAUUGCAGGAGGCUAUCGAAACGAAGAGGCGCGGAAUGUUGAUGAAAGGUGUCCACCUCCUACAAGAUAACGUCCUGUUCACAACUCUCACAUUGCCCAGAUGCAAGCAUGGUCAGAUGAGACACUGGUUUCUGAUGUCACUUCAUGGCUUCAAAUACGACUUGCGGACUUCUACACUGCAUGGAAUGAUGGGAGAAGUGUCACUCAUGGCGGGACCUUUGCAGAGAAAGACUAAAUUCUCUUUAUUGCAAUCUAUCAACCGACACUCAUUUCCUCAUCGACCAGUUCACUCUGCCACGCCAUUUAUUAACCAUUCCUUUCUCUCCCUUUUUCCAGCGGCCUUCCUCAUUCCCUACACAAUCAUGCUGCUGUUCUCCGGCCUCCCGAUCUUCUUCAUGGAGCUCGCCCUCGGCCAGUACGUCAGCCUGGGUCCCGCUCUGCUCUUCCCCAAACUGGCGCCUGUGUUCUCGGGCCUGGGCUGGGGGAUGGUCGUGAUCCCCCUCCUGACGGCGCUGUCCUUCAACGUGAUCAUCGCCUGGUCCUUCUUCUACAUCUUCGCCUCCUUCAGUGACGUCCUGCCCUGGAGCCGCUGCGACAAUGACUUCAAUUCCAUUAACUGCUUCACCGACGCAGAGGCCGAGGCGUGCAAGAAUUCCUCCCUCGUCUACUACAACCGGACCUGCCUCAGCGUCGGGGACUACUGCGGUCUGGCUGGCUUGGGGGAGUUCAACAAGACCCACUGCCACGACCCCGCCAACGGGUCGGCUUGGGUCAGACCCGUCGAGACAGUCCUCACGAGGAUUUCAGCCAGCGAGGAUUAUUUCAAGAACCGCAUGCUGGGCGUCACGGGGCGGUCCUGGGACGACAUGGGCGGCCUCAGAUGGGAGCUGGUGGGCUGCCUGGCGCUGGCGUGGGUGAUCGUGGGCGCGUGCCUGGCCAAGGGCAUCAAGUCGUCCGGGAAAGUCGUCUACUUCACCGCCCUCUUCCCCUACGUCAUCCUCGCCAUCCUCUUCGUCAGGGGCAUCACCCUCGACGGGGCGAUGAAAGGGAUCGAUUUCUACUUCCUGCAGCCGGACUUCUCUCGCCUGAAGGAGGUGGAGGUGUGGAGCGACGCCGCCAUUCAGAUCUUCUAUUCCCUUGGCGUCUCCUUCGGCUGCCUCAUCACGCUCUCCUCCUACAACAAGUUCAACAAUAACUGCAUGAGAGACGCCAUCAUCAUCGCCUUCUCCAACUGCUCGACCUCCGUCUUCUCCGGCUUCGUCAUCUUCAGCAUCCUGGGUUUCCUGGCGCAGGAGCUCGGCGUGGAGGUGAAGGAUGUGGCUUCCUCGGGCUCUGGUUUGGCCUUCAUCGUGUAUCCUGCGGCAGUGUCCCUGCUGCCCCUUCCGCAGCUGUGGUCUGUCCUCUUCUUCGUCAUGCUCAUCAACAUUGGCUUGGCGUCGCAGCUGACGAUGGUUGAGACCGUGACCACUACCCUGUUCGACUACAUGCCCUCCCUCAGGCACCGUAAGCCCCUCGUCGUCGCCUGCGUGUGCUUCGUGAUCUUCCUGCUGGGGCUUUCGAUGUGCCUCGAGGGCGGGAUACUCAUGUUCGAGCUCUUCUUCUGGUACUCCGCCGGGAUCUCCGUCAUUAUCCUGGCCAUCGCGCAGAUCGUCGGCUUUUGUCUGGGUUUCCGGAGAUUCCUGAGUAACAUCAAGGAAAUGGGCGUAUACAUCCCCGCCCCUCUGAAGGCCUACUGGCUGGCUACUUGGGUCUUCAUUACACCCGUUAUGCUCGUGGUGAUCUGCUUCUUCUACAUCUACUUCUUCGUGCCGGCGUACUGGGGCGACUACGUGUUCCCGGCCAACAUCCAGAUCCUGGGCUGGCUCCUCUCCGCCUCCUCCAUGGGCCUCAUCCCGCUAGGAGCCCUCGCCGCCAUCUGCAAGACCAAGUCCUUCAGGGAACUCUUCCAGACCUCGCCUGACCUGUGUCCUGCGCACGUCAGGUCACAGAGGGCGGCGCAGGAGGAGAGGCCUGCAGCUAGCUUCGAGUAUGACAACGCGGCGUUUGAAGAGACGCAGAAUAAACUGUAUCCUGAACUUACACCAACAGAGUGACACAAGAUGAACUAAAGAAGAUCACAGAAUCUCA